AUGACAAGAAUAGUUGUACAAAGAAAAGUAAAUAAUAAUAACAAUAAUAAUAACAAUAACAAUAAUAAUAAUAAUAACAAUAAUAACAAUGUACAUAUAAAUAAUAAUAAUAAUAAUAAUAAUAACAUUAAUAAUUUAAACGUUAUUAAUGUUAAUAAUGUUAAUAAUACAUCUACUACAACUACAUCCACUUCUACGACAACAACAUCUACGUCAACAACUACACAAGCAACAUCUCCGAAAAUCAAUCAGAAGAACCAACAUUUUAGAGAUAGAGACAGAGAUAAAGAAAGGGAUAGUAAUAGUAACAACAACAACAACAACAACAACAACAGUUUUCAUGUAAAUAAUAAUAAUUAUAAUAGUAUAAAUAAUAAUAAUAACUAUCAAAAAUCGUCAAAAAAGAAAUCGGGAAAUCAUUUUUCAAAAUCAAACAACAACAAUAACAACAAUGUAAAUAGUAAUAAUAAUAAUAGCGGGAACCAUUCAGGUUGUAGUUCAACAACACAAUCCGAUGAAGAGAAUAACAGUGCUGAUGAAUAUGAACAGCCAAUUAGAAGAUCUUCAAAUUAUAAUCAGAACAACAAUAAUAUGAAUAAUAAUAACAACAACAACAAUAACAAUUAUAAUUAUCAUGAUUCAUCGUCAUCAUCUUAUGAUGAAAGAUUAUUUGAAGAAGUUAUUAAAAAGAAGAAAGGUUUACAAUUAAGAAAGAUGAAAGAAGAUGGAAAUUGUUUAUUUAGAUCGAUUGCUGACCAGAUAUAUGGAGAUCAAGAAAUGCAUAAUGUUAUUCGUGAGAAAUGUAUGGACUAUAUGCAACAGGAACGCGAUCACUUUUCACAAUUUAUUACGGAGGAUUUCGAUGAUUAUAUAAAGAGAAAGCGUGGCGAUCGUGUCUAUGGAAACAACACAGAGAUGCAGGCACUCUCUGAACUUUUCAACCGACCGGUAGAAGUCUACCACAAAAGUCUGGAACCAAUCAACAUCUUUCAUGGCACCUACAAAGGCAACAGUCCACUGAGAUUGAGCUAUAGAAAUGGUAAUCACUACGAUUCACUUGCAGACAUAAAUAAUCCGUCAGUUGGUGUUGGACUUGGUUUUCCUGAUUUUCAUCCUGGUAUGGCAGAUAAAUCAAUGAUUGAAAAAGUUAUAAAGAAAUCGGAUUUAGAGUUGAUUGAGAAACAGUUAAAUGUCUCAAAGGAUAAAGAUAAAGAGAGAGAUAGAGAUAGAGAUAGGGAUAGGGAUAGAGAUAGAGAUAGAGAUAGAGAGUAUCAAAAUUUCCAUUAUAAUCAUUACUCAAACAACAAUAAUAAUAAUAAUAAUAACAACUAUAAUAACAACCAUAAAUAA